AUGGCAUCUGGAUCACAACAAAAUAAUGGGCAGGUUGCAGCCGAUACUGAAGCUGACCAAUACGAUAUUGAUGCCACACUGACCGAGCUUGGAUGGUAUCCUGAAGCCUCACUGAGCCAGUAUAUACAUGAAGAUGACUUGAAUGAAGCACCUUUUUGCACGCCCUUCGGCACCACACCCACCCUGGUGAAAGAAGCACCUGAAAAAAACCAAUUCCUCAAAGAUUCCCAAGAGACAAAACAAUUGUAUCAAGAGCUUUCUAGAGAAAGAAAUAGAUAUCUCGACCAGUUGACGUCGGUACCAGGACUCGAGGAUGAAGGAUAUAACCCUCACAUUAUCUACCCUGCGCCGAGCAACACACAGAGCGACGGCAGACCUUGGAAUCCAGAAGUCAAGAUACACGAAUGUGGGGCAUCUAUACUAAACAUAUUGCUGAGUGAUGUGUUCGAUCUUGGAGAUCCCAGCGGUGGCCCUCCAGGAAAACUUCAGGGCAGACUAUCAUUCCAGCGUAUCGCUGAUCCCGAAGCUGAACGAUGGGAGUACUUCAUCAUCAAUAGAGACAUUGACAGCCUGAUUGUAAAUGGUCAGACAUUCAGAACCCAAAGAAUCAUAGGUCCGCUUCCCGACUUUGCCGUAAUUCAAUUCAGCAGGACCGUGAUGUUUUGGUUUCGGACAAAGAGAGCAUUGAGGUUUAAAUCCCCUAAUUGGACCAUUCUGAAGACUCCUCCAGCUCCAAAAUCAUAUUACGAUGAAUCUGAGUUCUUAGAGGCAUCUGUGGCAAAAGGCACAAGAAAGCGAGUGAGAGAACAUGAUGAGAAGCGGCAAGAGGACAUUAAGAGGCAGAAGCGCGAUGAGCAUCAUCCGACCAUGCAACAUGAAAGGCUUGCUCGACUUCGUCAGGAGAAAGAACAAUAUUCAAAAAUGUUGCAACGCAAGAAAGUCAACUCAGAUUCAGGCAGUCCUCCUUUAAACAAAACGCCUUCAGAUUCUGCACCUCCAGCGGCUUCAGUCCCUGGAGCAUUGAAUGAACAGACGGAAGGCGUCGCAACUAAGGAAAUGGUGGAACAAAACAAUAGCCGAGAUAUUGACCAAGCUAGAAAACCCUCCGGCAACGUUGAUCAGAAUUUGCGUGCACCCAUUUCAAGCAAGGGGAAUUUUCAUACAAUACUCUAUAAAUGCCUCAAACUCAAGCCAAAGCGACUACCCGCAGACUUUGAUGAAGGAGACGCCCAAUGGCUUAGGCGCAUAAUCAAUCUAGAUGAUGAGAAAGUGUGUCUACCAAUCGCAAGCAUCCUAUGCGCUCUGAAGGAGGCUCGCAUCCCUUAUUCGUUCGGGCAGCCUACUCAAUUCACCAGUUGGAAUUCGAAUAUUGGUAUUCUCGAAGUGUACGGAAUUGAUUCUGACACUUUCAUCAUACCCCUGGUGCUGCAGAACGAUGGUGAUCGUGAAGACAAGUCAGGCAAAAUCUCUGAUUCUCGGUUAACAGCUCUAAACAAAAGUAUCGCGAUUGAAAAUGAAGAAGCAAAGAAAGAAGCAAAGAUAGGAGCAAAGAAGAAAAGCGAGAAAGCUAAGGAGCCAAAAGUAGCCCAAGGACACAUAAUUCUAGCAGUGGCCAAGAGGACUGCUUCCCCUAGUCUUGUCGACAUUGACUACUACGACAGUUGCUCUGGGUUUCUGGAUCACGAACAGAUGCGACAUGCUGCUCUAAAUGUUAUCGAGCAUUCAGGUUGGAUGUUCCCUGCGAAUUUGAAUUCAGAGCAUCAUAGGUCAGUCCCGCAGCAGAAGCCAGGUCUAUCUUGCGGAAUUCAUGCAGUUCUCAAUGCUUGGGCAGUCAUGCUUGGCCUUGAUCCCGAAGUACCAAUGCAUAGAAGGCUUCAAUUCACGGAUGGCAUAUACCAAGACGCACGUAUGCUUUUCAAUUAUGCGUGCAUGGGCAGAGUGGACUCCGAAACUAUAAGAACGUUCCUCACAGAGUAUGGCUUCUGUGUUGCACCGCCUACCCACGGCCAACCACAGGCGCCAAACACGCAUCCACAACAACAAUCGCGGGACGUCCAGAGUGUUUUCAUGAAUAGAGAUGUCUUACGGCAAUAUCUUGGAUUCAACCGUGGUUCUGGAACGCCGCGAGACCGACGAAGCACGCUCACAGAAAGACAGAACGCACGUAACGCGCCACCUAAUUUGCCACCGCAAACGACUGAACAAGAAUCUGACUCGGAGGAUGAGCAAGUCACACUACCAAAGAAUACCCAAACCUCAGGCUCCGAAGAAAAGACAACAGCAAUAGAAGAACGGGCAUCCGAGAACGGUGAUGAUUAUGACAACUGGGACGACCUGUUUGAAAAUCCCGGAAGUCCACCUUCUGGAGGAGACUUAGAUGCCUAG